AUGGCGCCAAGUCUGACGGCUGUCUCUGGCCUGUUACGCCAGGUGAUACAGCAUCAUCUCGACAACUCCUCAUACGACAACGCGCUCUUCUUUGCGGAACGAUUUGUAGCUCAAGACCCGCGCUCCAGCGAGGCGACCCACCUCUAUGCUCUCUGUCACUUGCGGCUAGGAGACUACCGCUCCGCCUACGAUGUCGGGAAACCAAUGGGAUACCGUGGGACGAAUUUGGGAUGCGCCUGGGUAUUUGCGCAGGCAUGCCUAUCAUUGGAGCGAUUCAAGGACGGCAUCACGGCUCUUGAGAAAUCAAGGAUUCUGUGGUCCUCUAAAGGCAGCUUGGGAAAGAACGGCGCCUUGUUGCGCGCAGGCGGCUGCCCCGACGCUGCAGCCGUGCUGUGUUUGCUUGGCAAGCUAUAUCGCGGCUAUGACGACAAGAAGAAAGCAGCUGGCGCCUUUGAGGAAGCCCUCAAGCUGAACCCUUUCCAGUGGGAUGCGUUCACAGCGCUCUGCGACAUGGGCGUCAAUGUGCGUGUCCCCAACAUUUUCCGAUCUUCCGACUUGCUUGCUCGUAGCUUCGACCCCGAAGCGGUCGCGACUGCACGAACGCCCGCUUCUCUGGCCAACUCCAACACACUUGAAAUGGCUCCGAAAAAGUCGUCAUUACGGAGUCUCGCAUCAGACCUGGGGUCUGACCCAUUCAACGUCGGCUUCUCCUUGUCCGAAGCUACGAGUCCUCUUGCCGAUGUAUUCUCAGAAUCUGCAGAUGGCGAUUUGAUGACAAAAAUCCAGAGCGCGCGAUUGCGCCUUGGGACUUCAAGUAGUAACUUGUCACUCUUUGACGCAACAGAAACACCACCCGGGCCGUCUGCAGACGUCUCUAGAAUGGUUGGCGGACAUGAUCCUCCCCAAGCGCCACCUCGACGAGCGCGCCAGGCUCAAGUGAUAGAUGCUGGCCUAGAGGCUCCACCACGCAUGAACUAUCGACUGGGCACUAAACGAAGUACACGAUCAGAAGACCGAGAUAUGCAGCAGGCUGUAGAGCCCAUAAUGGACGGUCCGGUUGCGGCUGUUGGCAUCACGCGAGCGGCGGCUCUGUCGACGGCGGAUAGAAAACGAACGCUGUCCGGCCAUCCCGUUUCACGCGCUGCGAACAUUGACGACACGGGCACGAGAAGAAGCGCACGACUUACUACGUUUAAGCCGUCCUCGAGGGCUAACUCUGGCGCUGCCACCAUCGGAGCUUCCGCAGGUCGUGAACUGAAGAAGGCUAGGCCCCCCAUUUCUCGAAUAGUACGACCUGGCUCUAGUGGUGCCAAUGUUGGUCGUGUGGUUAGCGGUAAUCGAAAGCCGAUUGAUGAUCACGCUGAUGUUGAUCACGGCGAGGCAUCACGUGUGCGCGAGCCCGCGGCCUCGAUACAAACCGCGACACAACCCCCCAUACCGCCUAAACAGGCGGACGAGGCAGUGAAAAUCGAAGAAGCUGUCAGAUGGAUAAUGGACGUGCUGAAGAAAUUGGGCAAUGGUUACUACUUCCUGUCAAGAUUCCAGUGCCAAGAAGCAUUACAAGCGCUGAGCUCUUUGCCGCCCGCGCAUCAGGGAACGCCGUGGGUGCUUGUUCAAAUGGGCCGCGCGCACUACGAGCAAGCCUCGUAUGCGGAGGCUGAAAAGUUUUUCAGACGUAUGCGCGUACAGGCGCCAUCGAGACUUCAGGACAUGGAGGUGUAUUCGACUAUUCUGUGGCAUCUCAAGAGAGAGACAGACUUGUCAUUCCUGGCGCAUGAGCUUGUUGAUUCGGCGUGGCACUCUCCGCAAGCUUGGUGCGCUCUGGGAAAUGCUUGGUCGUUGGCCAAGGAUCCUGAGCAAGCUCUAAAAUGCUUCAAGCGAGCCACGCAGCUGGACCCAAAGUUUGCCUACGCAUUCACACUACAAGGACACGAGCAUGUCACGAACGAAGAAUACGAGCAGGCAUUGACUGCCUAUCGACAAGCUAUUUCUGCCGAUAAACGCCACUACAACGCAUAUUAUGGCAUUGGUCGAGUGCAGGAGCGUCUUGGUGAUUAUGACAAGGCGCUGACGCACUUCCAAGCGGCCCAGUCCAUCAACCCCAACAAUGCGGUGCUCGUUUCUUGGAUCGGAACCGUAUUGGAAAGGCAAAAACAGAUUAUACCUGCCCUCAGGGCGUACACCAAAGCCGUUGAGCUUGCUCCCAGGGCAGCUUUGACGAGAUACAAAAAGGCUCAUGCGCUUUUGGCGAUUGGACAGAUCGAAGAUGCCGAGAAGGAAUUGGUCAUUCUCAAAGACCUCGCGCCAAAUGAGGGACAUGUCCACUUUCUGCUCGGAACAUUGUAUAGGAGCAUGAAUGAGCGGCAAUUGGCGGUCCGCCACUUUACCAUUGCGUUGGCGUUGGACCCCAAGGUAAAGUGCCGCGACGAUGCAGUUAUUGAGCUUGUCGACUGA